AUGACCGUCUUCGUAACUCAAAGAAAUCAAAUUCCAAAGCUAGAUUUACGAAAUGCUAUUCGAGGGCUGCCAAUCAUCCAAGCGCUGAUAGAACGAGCAACUGAAGAACAGAUGCCCUACUGUUGGCGAAACAUGUUCUCUUCAAUUUGUUUCUUGAGAAUACUCGUCAAAAUCAUGAAAGGAAAGCCUUGGCGCGUCAUAUGUUUGGUCAAAUACAAAGCCACGAACAUUUUCAAAAAGACUCUUUUGGUCAAACACGGUGUUUUUCACAUCUACGUUUUGAAAGUCAUCAAGCUUCACGCGAGAUUUUUGGGAAGACAGUGGAGGAAAAGUAAUAUGGACGUGGUUUCCGGAAUUAACGGCAUGGUGCGCCAUCAUUUGACAGACGAUUGGGCUUUCUUCAAUGCAGAGCCGGACAAGGAAUCUUCAGUCCAAGAGGAAAAUAAAAUCACGCAGACCUGCUCCUCUUUCAACAGAAUAGUCUACCUCCCCGAAGAUCAGGAGUGGACCAAAACUGGACAUAUCGCCAAGUUCAAUGAGAUUCGCCUGCCGCCAAAUUUUGGGAGUCGCUACAAAGCUUGGCUGGAAAAGGAGGUCAUGAGCGUCAACGUCGACUGGGAUCAACUGCUGAGUCCGGAGAACGCAGCCUCUGUCUAUCAAGCCGAAGACCAGCCGGUUGCUGAAACCGCUGCCGCAUAA